AUGGAACCUCGCUUCAGGAGACGAGCUGAUGGCAGCCUGAAUCUGACUGAUACAAUGGAAGCGGCAAAGGUGAAGGAGGCCAACAAAGGAAAGCCGUACACAAGACCCCUGUCCCCUGACAUAGUGCUGGACAAGGCCAAGAAAAGCUUAAGUCAGCACCACGGAGAUCUAGCUAACAGAAAGCACCUGCUGGGUUUCUUUGAAAUCCAGUUUGGUGUAUUUCGAGGGCAAACAUUCAAGUGGGUGGCUGAAAAUGCCCUGGGGAAUGCAGCUUACUUGGUGGCAGCUAUGAAGAGGGACCCCACAGGAGGCAGCAAAGACUCCCAAGAACAUGCCCACAACAAAGAGAGUUUCAGGGAGUAUUUUGAGCUUUUUCCUUCUGGCAGAAUUGCCAUUGCCAUGAAGGAAGAGCAAUAUGCUGGGAAAGCUCUCCAGCACGCUGCCACCACCCAGCACGCUACCUCCACCCAGCAUGCUACCACCAGCCAGCACACUACCACCACCCAGCACGCUGCCACCACCCAGCACGCUAUCACCACCCAACACGCUGCCUCCACCCAGCACGCUACCAUCACCUCCCAGCACGCUGCCUCAACCCAGCACGCUACAACCACCACCCAGCACGCUGCCUCCACCCAUACUUCCACCGCCUCUCUCCGCUCCCUCUUGUUUAGGAAGUUGCCUAACCAGAAAAGCCUGACCAAGACCAUUGAAAGGCUGGUUUCCCCCGUCAAAUCCACACCUUCUUUGGCCCAGGCACGUACGCGGCCCUCAGCCACCCUCACUCGCCCGACUGUGUCCAUUGAGGCAGCCACAGGGACCUCAGCCACCCUCACUCGCCCGACUGUGUCCAUUGAGGCAGCCACAGGGACCUCAGCUAUCCUCACUCGCCCGACUGUGUCCAUUGAGAUAGAUGACAGCACACUGCUGGCAGAGGCAACUAAGUUUGAGAUGGCACAUCUGGCAUCACAACGAGUCUGUCUUCCAUCUGGAUGGAUACACACUCUGCCUGAAGUGGAUCAGAGGUGGAUUUCCAAGGCCCUGUUCAGGUGGACAGCACAGGGCCAUCCUGAGCUGAUCUUUAGCAGGGUGGACAAACUUUGGUGGUAUCCUCCACAGGUUCCACUGAAGACCAGUAAUUGCCCUCCCUUAGAGAACUACUUUGGCCAUCCCCUGCUGCUCUGGAUGCCACGAAAACUGUGGCAAGUGAAGCUGACCUGUCCACAUCCAGACUGUCAGAAAGACCUUCUGACCUCAGCUGGCUUGCAUCAAAAGAUCAGGCAGGUGUUUGCCUUGGGUAAGAUAUACUUUGUGGCAUCUGAGUACCUGGCCUGCCGAAGAUGUAAGAGGAAGGUCAUCAGCUGGAGCCAUGAUAUCGUCUCCCAGCUCGACAUUGGCCACAGGGUGCAGUUCCCUUGCAUUCUUACAUCAAAACUUGCAUGUGACGUCGAGGUAGUAUGUUUGAUGCGUCAGCGAGGGCUGGGAAACAGCAGCAGCCAGAUCCAGCGCAAGCUGCAGGAACGUCAUACUGAGGUGUGGUUGCAAAAGACAGUCCAGUAUCUGACAGAUUGCAAGGGGAUUGCCAGUGCUGUCACUUCGAGCCUGAUCCUGCCUGUGACAUUUGAAUCUGCUCCUUCAAUGCCUUCUGUCCCUAAGCAUCGGUGGCUGAUGCAGGUGUACGCCCAGGAUGUCCUGCAAAGGCUGGAUGAGAUCAAGGCCACUAUCACAUCGCAAUAUGGUCGGAUCUUAAAAUUGGAUUCAACAAAAAAAGUGGCCAGAAAACUAGCUGGACGCAGCCAUGGCACUGCUACCUGGGCAACCAAUGUUGGCAAUGAGCACGGACAGGUGAUCAUGUCCGUGCUCACAGCCAGUGAAGGUUUUGGUCUCGGGCCAAUGAUUGAAGGCCUCAUUAAAAGAUACAGAGUGGCUGGGGUGGCUCCUCCCGAGAUACUGUACGUCGACCGAGACUGCUGUGGCAACACUCUUCUGAGAAGAAUGUUUGAAGAGUGGGAGCAAAUGAUCAUCCGUUUGGAUGUAUGGCACUUCAUGCGGAGGUUUGCUGUGGGUUGCACCACUGACUCUCAUCAGUUGUAUGCCACAUUUAUGAGUCGCCUCAGCCACUGUAUUUUCAUGUGGGACCAGGUUGACCUGACGGCCCUGAAGAAGGCAAAGCAUGCAGAGCUAGAAGCUAACUGGAAACCUACAUCCGAGGCUGAUGUGCUGCGCAGUAUCAGCCGUAACGAGCUAGCCCUACAUUGCAGGAGAACCACUCGCGGGACCAAGGACACCCUGGCGCUGAUUGAGAGCCAUAUUCAGGCCUUUGAUGGAGAUGCUGGUCGUGACACUAUGGGAGUCCCACUAAUAAACUCAGCCCGGAUGAGAGAGAUAUUGAAGUCCCAGCGGAAGCAUGUGGCCUGCAUCCAGGAUCCUGUUGGUGUGCAGCUCUACAUGCAGACGGGCACUGUAGUGAAGGGAGGGCACCGUCUGCCAACCUACCGCUGUGCCAGAGGUUCCACUUCGCUUGAGUCAUUUCACCUGCACCUUAACAGAUUCAUCCCAGGUACGCUGGCGAGUGACACCUUCUUCCAGGCGUAUCUUUUGGAUGGACUUGCAAGGUGGAAUGAGGACCGGGCUGUGGCAGCAACAACUGAUGAGCAGCAGCCCCAUUCCUACAAUCAUCUUCUGCGUCAUGCUGUCAAUACUCUUGCAGAGGAGGUUAUGGGCAAGAAAAUCAUCCCUUAUGUUGGGCCAAGAAAGUACACUGGUGAGCUUAUUGGAGUGGAAUACCUUUACCAGCAAACUGGUAAAGUUCUGCAGGACUACAAGUUGGCCAUUGAAGAGUCCGAGACCACUGAGGUUGGUAUAGAAGUGGAUGAAGGUUAUGCUGAACUUGAGGAGUUUCAGGACAUCACUGUCCCCACCUUUGACACAGAACGGACACCUGUUGCCUCUUCACAAGCAUCAGUGUCUGCAGCAUCAUCUCCAACCCCUCCUGUCACCAGCUCCAUUUCAUCAUUGUCUGUGGUUCCUCCAUCACCAGUGACAUCUCCUGUCACCAGCUCCAUUUCAUCAUUGUCUGUGGUUCCUCCAUCACCAGUGACAUCUGUCACCUGCUCCAUUUCAUCAUCGUCUGUGGUUCCUCCAUCACCAGUGACAUCUGUCACCUGCUCCAUUUCAUCAUCGUCUGUGGUUCCUCCAUCACCAGUGACAUCUGUCACCUGCUCCAUUUCAUCAUUGUCUGUGGUCCCUCCGUCUUCUGUCACCAGCCCACUGCACAGUCAUUCAAAGCCAGGACUCUUUCCUGGAGCACAUAGCUUUCCAGUGGACCAAUUAUCAGCUGAAACUGGUCUUCUGACAUCUGAAGAGAACACUUCACAUGAUGAUUCUGUUGGACCUGAUAAUAUUGGGGGGUAUGGAGCCGUGCAGGACUUGGCAGAGUUCUUGGUUAGCCUCAGAGACCACCGUCUGGCCUUGACUGGAGAAGAGUGCGUCAAGAUCAUCACCCUAUGGCAGGCAUUGGGGGAGUAUGACAAGAGGAAAACCAUUUACCCACGACGUCACCAAACCUCCCUAAAACAGGGACGAUUCAGAGCCACUAAGAAGAUUGUGGCACCAGGUGUGGAGAGCACCAAAAGGUGUUUCGUUGGGGCUCAUAGUCCUGCACAGUGGCCUAGCUGCAACCGAGUGGUGGAGGCCAUCUUCACAAGGCUCUGUGCCCUCUAUCCAAACGUGGUGCGGUGUGAUGGAGUGAGGGUGUCCCGCUUCACAAUGGUGGUGCGUGCCUACAAGCACAUCCGAGAGUGCAUCCUCAACAAUGCUAAGGUGAUGAGCGAGACCACCAUCCAGCUCCCAGAAGUUAACACUGCAACAGUCACACAAUGGUACAGCAGGCGUUGUAAGUCACAGGAACAGGAGAUAUUGAAACAGGGUCUCCAAGCCCCUGAAGCACCCAUGGCAGGACCUGAGAACCUUCCUGCUGCUAUGCAGAGAGGACCGACUCUCUGUUCCAGCAAUUUGUCAGAGCCACACCUUUUUAUCCUGCCACCAAAUACUGCUGGGGAGGCUAAACUCAAAGGGAGGUUGCAACCUCAGGCCAUCUUCCAGGCUCCACCAUCACAUCAAAGACUUCCUGUCAUUGCACCAGCACCAACUGUCUCUCUCCCUUUCAUUUUACCACCUGUGCAGCUUCCUACAGUUCCUGGUAGCUCACAGGUGAUGUUCUUCAACCUCCCAUUACCUUCAGCUAUGCCACCAUCAGCUCAGACACAGACAUCCAGUCAACCGGUUCCUUACUCCACUCAGCAAUAUAGAAAGAGAAAACAGAAGAGGGAGAGCGCUGGAACAGUGACAAGAAAAGAUGAAUUUUUGCCACAACAGAUUGGUGUCAGAAUAGUGGGAUUCCUUGGAAGUGCCUUCUGGAUCUGA